CGCACAGCUGGUCAGUAUUCACGACAAGCCGGAAAUUGGCGCCCGGACUCGCGCGCCAGAAGUUGCCCUGGAAACUGUGGUUAAUUUUGAGCGGGGAGAGGUAGUGUUGGCGUAUCAACGCCUCGGUGCCAGAUUCAGCUCAGGCUCUACAGAGAGUCCUCCUCGGUGACUACUAGAGUCGAGGACAACUGCAACAAAGAACAGCUGGGGAGAGAUGAGCUGAGCCAAGAAGGGUGGGCGAAGAGGAAGGAAAAUGGCAGAACAUUUGUUCCAGUUUGUCCACAUGCACAGGAAAAAAAAUCAGCAUUAUCUACACAUUGCUUAACCUAUGAGAAAAUGGAUAAUUAGACAAGCGUCACCCAGAACCAUCUUCUCAGCAUGAUUAACAUCUCUGCAGAUGCAGUGAGCUGGGCCCCAGGACGCCCCAGCCACCCUGAUACACCACCCAACAUCUAUGAGGGAGGGUUGGGGGCCCAGCAGCAGCAGGGCCCCAGUGCCCAGGGAAGCAAGCCCAAGAACUUCCGAUUGCGACACCUCCGGAGCCUGGCUCUCUACCUGCCAGGCCACAUGCAGCCUGCUGGCCAAUGUGGAAGCCACUGGCUAGGCCGGCUCAUGGCUGGGGGCAGCCUGACACGGCCUGAAGGCUCACCCUGGCCCCUGGACCUGCCACAGGGGACCCUGGGUCCAGGUAAUGGCCACUGCUCGUCCCUUCUGGAAGCCCACCUGCCCAGGGACAGCCUGGGAAAUACAGCUUCCAGUUCCAGCAUGGACCCAGCCAAGGGUGUCCCCUCCCAGUCUGGUCCCCCCGAGGGCUUGGGACUCAGGCCCAAGAGGUCCUGGAGAGCCUUGGAGGAGACCAUGUGUCCCUUGUGCAAGAGAACCCGCUCUGGGGCCUUGGAGAGGACAUAGGAGCCAAAGUGCCAGGGUUGGGGAACAGUAGGGGAAGGAUGGCCAAGAAGGAGGCGGUGGCCAGGGUUACUGAGGAAGGGUUCAGUCCCAGCAGCAGCCCUCCCCAUUGAGAUGGCCCCCAGAGUUGCCCAGCACCAGACCUGGGCUAGUCUGGGGAAAGCAUGAGGAGGGAGGGAGGAAGAAGAUCUGAGAGGGACAGAAGAAAUGGAAGCAUGCCCAUGCCCUUGCAGCCUGCCCAAACUCUGGUCAGCCACUUGUACCUGGGAGGUCAGGCCGAGCAGAGAAUCGGGUUCCUGAGAGGCCAGGGAGUCCUCAGGUCUAAUCUCAGUAAAAGCCAAGGCCUGCA